UUCUGUACGUCGCUGUCACGUUUGUUUGGGCUUGACGUGUUGUCAGUGACAGUCGGUUUAUCCGAGAAAAAAGUUGACGCUUUUUCCCGCUGAGUUGUUUCUUUUCGGUCCACUCGUGCAGCGUGUAACGUCGACGUACCUGUGGGGAGAUGGAAGUGCAGUUUCUGCGGUGACAUAGUUACCUAACGGCAGCGGAGACGGCCAAAGCUAGCUAGCGGCCGUCCUGUAACGACUCCCAACAUGAGCCAGGCUCGCUUAGUGACGUGUUGCGUCGAUGAAAUAUUGUAAGAUAAGGGACGCUUUGAACUGGUUUUAUUGGUGUUUCGAAGCUCGCUAACCAGUGCAGCGCCUGACUAGCUUCCUGUUAACAUUAGCUCGUCGCUCACCGAGAAAUGUGAGGUGGAAUCGCCUUAGAGCCCUUUCGUCAGGCGGUAACGGGAACAAGCUGUUCGGCACGUUCUAACCUCAUAGUAGCUAUGUAUGGACGCGUGUACGCCAGCACCCUUCAGAGAGCAUCAAGCUACAUGCUGACAUGUUCUUCCACAGUCCCAUUUCAGACAGCUCACCGAUGCCGGCUGUCAUCCCGGGGUUCCAGCUCACCAGAGCGCAAUGGCUGCUCUGCUGUGGACUCUCUAAGAGGCUCUCUGAGUGUCCGACAGUUUACAACACACCAGGAUCUGGACUUCCAGCAGAGCAGAAUGCAGAUCAACAGUACUCUGAGAAGCAACGAGCAGACCGUGGAUGUACCAGAGUUUGAUGGCAGAGUACUUAGCGCUGUGAGAAAGUUUGACACCAACCAGUUAGCUGCUAACACACCUAAUGAGGACCGUCGCAGUGCAGCCACAUGUUUACAAUCAAAGGGAAUGCUCUUUGGAGUGUUUGAUGGCCACGGCGGCUGGGCCUGUGCCCAAGCUGUGAGUGAGCGACUGCUCUACUACAUAGCUGUUGCAAUGAUGCCAAAGCACAGCUUGGAGGAGCUUGAAAAGUGCAUGGAGCAAGGCAGACCUGUGCCUCCAAUACUACAGUGGUAUAAGCAUCACACAGAUCGGAAUUAUCGGGACUCCGCCUCCCUCUACAUCGACCACCUUAGAGUGUUCUGGCAAGAGCUGCUGGACAAUUGUGCUUUCAAACGGCUUGAUGCUGACAUCUCCUUAGAGGCUCAAGUCCCUCUUUCCAAUGACCUGAUGAGAAGCACAGCCGUGCAGGUGGCGUUUGCGGGGUGCACGGCCUGCGUGGCCCAUGUGGGCACCGACGGGAUCCACGUCGCCAACACCGGCGACUGCCGUGCAGUUUUAGGGGUGCAGAGGGAGGACGGCUCAUGGGAAGCGUUGCCUCUUUCUCUGGACCACAACACGCAGAACCAGGCUGAGAUCGACAGAAUCAUAGCCCAGCAUCCGCCUUCAGAGAGGGAUACUGUGCUCACAGACGACAGACUGCUGGGGGUGAGUUUUUGUUUCUCUUGCUCGGUAAAAACGCUGACUCUGCCAAACGAGCCCAGGUUUGAAAGCUUCUCGUACCGUCAGGUUCUGAUGCCCCUACGCGCCUUCGGUGACGUGCGGUUCAAAUGGAGCCUCGAGCUGCAGCAGAGCAUUUUAGCCAGCCUGGAAUCUGGAGUGGACCUCGACUCGCUCAACUUGUACCAGUAUACUCCGCCCAACUACCUAACACCGCCCUACCUGGAGGUGACACCAGAGAUAACCUAUCACAAGCUGAGACCUCAGGACCGCUUCCUGAUCCUAGGCUCUGACGGGCUGUGGGACGAGCUGAGCAGCGAGGAGGCGGUGCGACUCGUAGGAGAGCACCUGAGCGGCAUUCACUUACAGGCUCCAGUUUCUGCCUCUGAGAGGCAGCUGAAGCUGGGUCAGAUGCACGAGCUCCUGCUGGAACGGCGAGCCCGGGCCUCGCCGGCGCUGGACACCAACGCCGCCACACACCUCAUCAGGCACGCACUGGGCACGGGGGAGUACGGCGAGCUGUCCCAGGAGAGACUGGCCUCAAUGCUGGCUUUACCGGAGGAUCUGGCUCGUAUGUACAGAGACGAUAUCACGGCCACCGUGGUGCUUCUGAACUCCGACCUGGCCAGGUCACGCCACCGUUAACCCAGCAUUUGGUCCCCAGCCAGAGGCAUACCUACAUCCAGCAGAUUCAGUUUACCAACAUUUAUUGUUGUGGUGUUUUUGUAAAAACAUGCAACCUGUUACAUGAACUAAUUGAUGGAGAUUUAAGAAAGAAGACAGUGUUCAAUGUGGUAUCAUGUUCAUGUAACAUUUAGCAUAGAUCAGUGAUGGAUGCAGUUAGCAGAGGUUGUAUUUUGAUCAUUUAAGGUCAAAACGAAGGUCUUUGUGGAAAAAAUGGUGUGAGUGAAGGGAAUGCACUUUCUGUGUCUGUUGCUACCGCUCUCUGUUUGUCUUCCCAGCUCAGACUGUCCAUUUGUGCCUUUUCUCCUUUUGACACAGAUGUGAACUACAGAUAUUACCGUUGAAAUUUUAUCCAGAUCCUUUUGUUAAUUUAUUUGUCUUUAAAUGGUUCUUAAUCAUCAGUGUCCUCACUGGAAAAUGUAAAGUGUUAUGUUUUGUAUAUUAAAAAAAAGGAA